AUGGAUUUGAGCAAUAAAGAGAAGCUCCAGACCGCCAACGCUCUUAAACGCGCCACUUCAAAUUUGGCCGUUUUUGACUCUAACGGAAACGUCCUUGGAGGUAUCUAUGUGUGGUCUGAUUUGGCCCCUGCUGUUAAAGAAAACCCUGAACUUAUGUUCGCCAAGUGUUUAGUUCACCCCGGAUCCACAACAGAAAAGCUAAUUUGUUCUCAAGUUGAACCACCAAAUGAUCAGAAAUUUGAAGUGCCAUUAGCAAAUGCUUGGAACACUAAUAGUCAAAUUGACCCUAUGACUUACGGUGACAUUGGGAUGUUACCUCAGACUUCAAUCCCGUGUGUUCUUGACUAUUUACGUCACCGUUUUCACAAGAACCAGAUUUACUCAACAGCUGACCCACUUAUGGUCUCCAUUAACCCUUUUAAGGACUUGGGAAACUCAGGCCAAGAUGUAAUUGACCGUUACAAAAGUGCUAAAAGUCUGAUGGAUAUGCCUCCUCACGUAUAUUACACAAGUCGAAGGGCACUAGAAAAUCUACAUGACUAUAAGUAUUCCCAGACAAUUAUAGUUUCUGGUGAGUCUGGUGCUGGGAAAACCCAGUCCGCCAAUAUGAUGAUGCGUUACUUUGCGUCUGGUAGUGGUUUGAAUAAAGGUAGCCACAUUCAGCAGGUGGUAAUGGCAUUUAACCCAGUCCUCGAGUCUUUUGGAAACGCAAAAACCAUUAGAAAUAAUAACAGUAGCCGUUUUGGACGUUUCAUGCAACUUGACGUGGCGCCUGAGGGUGGAAUUCGUUACGGUUCAAUUGUAACAUUUUUGCUGGAAAAAUCUCGUCUGGUGACUCAGGAUGAUGAUGAACGUUCUUAUCACAUUUUCUACCAACUUCUCAAGGGAGCAAAUGAUCAGUUACGCUCAAAACUUAAACUUAAGCGUAUUAAUGAAUAUGCGUACCUCAAUAGUAAAUGUACUGAGGUGAAUGGAGUGGAUGAUGCGAAAGAGUUUGGACUAAUUUUAAAUAGUUUUGAGAGGAUGAAAUUGAGCGAAGAUCAGAAGGAAACUGUUCUAAGUUUAUUGUCUGGUGUUUUAUUACUUGGAAAUGUAGAAGUUUCAGGUGAAGAACGUGACGGUUUAACUGAUGCCGCUGUUAUUACCAAUGAAAGCCUUCUAAGGGAUUGUGCCCAACUGUUAUACCUGGACUAUGACCAGUUAAAGUAUGAUUUAACUAUGAAGAAGACUAUGGUGGGUGGUGGCGAGAUUGUAAGUCCUAGGAGAAAGGACGAGUCUGAGGUUUUGAAGAAGAGUCUGAGUAAGGCUGUUUAUAAUAAGCUGUUUUUAUGGCUGGUUGCCACUGUAAAUAAAACAAUUGCUCCUCCUGAGCCUUUUAAGUAUUUCAUUGGCCUUUUGGACAUUUUCGGAUUUGAAGUGUUUAAGAAUAAUUCACUGGAGCAACUUUUUAUUAACAUUACCAACGAGAUGUUGCAGACUAACUUCGUCAAUAUAGUGUUUAAACGGGAGGCUCAAUUGUAUGCAGAUGAGGGAAUUGCAAGUCCAAAGCUUGAGUACGAGUCUAAUUCGCUUGUGAUUGAACUUCUCUGCGGUAAAACAAAGUCAAUUUUGUCGGUUUUGGAGGACCAAUGCCUCGCUCCUGGUGGUAAUGACAUGAAUCUAACCUCAACUUGUAAUACACAACUUUCCAAUAAUCCAAAAUACGUCAAGUCUAAGCAGGACAAAUAUUUCCUAGUUGUACACACGAUUGGACCAAUACAAUACUGUUCUGAUGGUUUCAUAAAUAAAAACAAGGAUUUACUAACUGGUGAAUUGGUCAAACUGGUAAACGCUUCACAAAAUCCACUCGUUUCGGAAUUAUUUAAGGGUGACGAAGUUGUUAGUGGAAAGUUGGCAAAGGGAAUGUUAAUUGGUUCUCAGUUUAUGAGUCAAUUGGACUCGUUGAUGGCUUUGAUAAACAGUACCGAUUCACACUUUAUCAGAUGCAUAUCACCCAAUGAUAAAAUGAUGCCCAUGACCUGGAAUUCGGUCCGAGUACUCUUACAAUUGCAUGCUCUGUCUGUAAUCGAGGCUCUACAGCUUAGAAAAUUAGGGUUUUCCUACCGUCGUACCUUUGCUCAGUUUAACGAGCAAUAUGCCUAUUUAAAUUUGGCUGUGGUUAAGGACUCUAGGCUCUCUGAUAAGGAUAAGGCUAUAAAAUUGGUAACUGAGGUUGGGCUUGGAAAUUCAGAUUACGCAGUUGGAAAGACCCGAAUGUUCUUGACUCGCAAAGCUGCUAACAAAUUAACUUCUAUAGUCAGGGAAAGACUUGCAAAGUGGGCUCCGUUGGCUGACUUGCUGGAAGCUCUUUUGCUUAGACUCCAGAACCAGCGAGAGCUAAAGAAGUCUGUGAAAUCUAUAGUUCGCCUCCAGGCACAUUUGAGAAGAGUUUUGAACGAGGGCGAGAGACCAGCAAAGUUGGUUAAAGUAUAAGAGUAUUUGAUAUAAUUGGGGAUUAAGUGUGUAUAAAGGUUAUGUUGGGACUAUUAAGUAUAAAUUAGGGUAAAAUAUACUUAAAUGAUAUCAUUUUAAACUACAAUUAAGUCCAAAAUACAAGUAAUCAACAUGUAAUUUUAUCCGGAACAAAGUAAGUUAGGGUAAAAAGUAUAUAAUGUGCUAUUGUUUUA